AUGGCGUCGCUCCAUUGGACCUCUGUGGCAGUCGCCAUCGCAGCAGUCUUCCUCUUCUGGACUUUCUCGGCCACGUCGUCUUCGCCAUUCACACGUAACUUCCCACGGCUCCACAACAAGCGGAUAUGUCUGUUGAUCGCACACCCUGAUGACGAGGCAAUGUUUUUCGCGCCGACAGUUCUGGCGCUUACCAAGCCAGAGCUGGGCAAUCACCUCAAGAUCCUCUGUCUCAGUACAGGUGAUGCCGACGGCCUCGGCGAAACCCGCAAAAAGGAGCUCCAGAAAAGCGCUCUCCAGCUUGGUCUGCGCGACGAAUCCGACGUCUUCAUUAUCGAUGACCCCACCCGCUUCCCGGAUAGCAUGACCAAAGAAUGGCCUGCAGAUCAAGUCUCCUCCCUCCUCGCCUCGGCUUUCGCACCCGAUCUCGCUGCCACUCUUAAUGGGUCCAAGAAGGCAGACCCUAAGAAAGCUCCCACCGCCACAAUCGAUGUACUCCUCACGUUCGAUCAACAUGGCAUAAGCAACCAUAUCAACCACCGCUCGCUUUACCAUGGUGCUGUGCACUUUGUGCGCUCGCUCAUUAAAGGAAAGCCUGGCUUCGCAUCACCGAUCGAGCUGUAUACUUUGACAAGCACGUCGAUGUUAAGAAAGUACGCCGGUGUGCUUGAUGCGCCAUUUUCCAUGCUCCAGGGUGCCUUUUCCAAUGUUGUGGCCAGAGUGAGCGGAGUGAAGAAGGAAGGGUCCGGUCCAGCACGCUUGCUUUUUGUUAGCUCGGUUGCAGAGUGGGUUACGGCGCAGUCGGCUAUGGUGAAGUGUCAUCAGAGUCAGAUGGUUUGGUUCCGAUGGGGAUGGAUUACUAUUGGGCGGUACAUGACUGUCAAUGAUCUGAAGAAAGAGAAAGUCUAG